CGUGUCUUGUGUGAAGGGAGAGAUAAAUAUCCUCUGUCCCGCUGCCGGGCAAGGUUUUGCUGUUGGUACCACCUGCUCUUUCCUGUUGUGUUUUGCUUUGUCUCUCUCACCUUAAUUUUCUGUUUUCUCUUCCUACCUAACCUAUUUCAACCUUUACUUAAUUUUUUGUUUGUAUUUGAGCUCCGGCCUCGGUUUCUCUCUCGCACCCACCUUCUUCUAAUACAUCCACCCCGGGCCAGUACCUACGUCCACCCUAUCCUCCACAACAAACAACAAACUCGUUCCAACCAACCUACCAACGACCACCCAUUCUUCAAGAUGAAGAUGCUCUCCAUCUUUCUCGUCCUCAUCGGCCUCGUCGCUGCCCAGUACGACAACUUCUCCGCUCCCUUCCGCCUCAUCCUCAAAUCCGAUGACCCAGCCCUAAACGGCACUGCUCUCGGAGCGUGCCAUCAAGGCGCCGCGACCGAAGGUCUUUGCGUAACCACGCAGACCCUAUCCACCGAGCCAACUGACUACACCACCUUCACGUACGCAACUUCCAGCUCAGCCCCGUCCCCCUACGACACUCAGGGCCUCAUCUACUGGAACCUCACCAUCGCAGGCGGCACCGACGUUCCGUCUGCGCUUGAGCUCACCGUGAACUACAAUUCCGACAUCGCCAUCCCCAUCUUCACGCCCGGCGAGGCCAAAGCGACGACGCUGUCCGUCGCCGCCGACUGCGAGGACUUGUAUAUCCCGCGCUCUCAAGACGACACCGUCAGCCCGCCUGCGUAUCUGGAUCAGACGGAGAAGGCCACAAAUUGGUACGUCUGCUUGACGCGGUACGCGUACCUGUACGAGACGCUCGUCUGGAAGAUGGGCGCGAAAGCCGAGCCGCAGAAUCCGAGCUGCAAGAAGGUGCAGGUCACGAGGGUCUUCAACUGA